AUGCCACUAGGUGGCACUAAGGUCAAGGAAGUGACAGCUGGGAUUAGCAUUAACAACCUUCACCACCUGGAAGAUCUUCUGGGGAGAUGGCGCCACCCGCUUUCGGUGGCCAUCUUUGCACACGGCCAGGACGUCAAGUUCGCCACUGCACUGGUCUACGCGCUCAGCAUUCUGCGCCCCCGCAUGAAGGCCCUUGUGGACUUCCACCUCGUGUGCCCUUCAGGGGAAACGGUUAGGUUCCCCGAACAGGACCACCGGCAUUUUACUGGCCUGGAUGACUGCGCCGCUGCUUUCCCCCGGCUGGAAGCCCACAACAAAUAUAAGAAACACGCCAUUGGCCCAAACGUCUCCUACCCGAAUAACCUCCUUCGGAACGUGGCGAGAGGGGGUGCCGAGUUCUCCUACAUCCUGGUAAUUAACAUCGACAUAAUACCUGCCGCUGAUCUGCACCAGCAUUUCCCGGCAAUGGUCGCGAGGCGCCAGCCUCCAGAGGACCACGUGUUCGUCUUGUCCGCCUUCGAGAUCCGCCACACCAGGAAGAUACCCGCCAGCAAGGCCGAGCUGAUGCAGCUCUACCAGGGGGGCGAGGUGCGACCUUUCUACGAGGAGCUGUGUCCUCUCUGCCAAGCCCCCACCAAUUACUCUCGGUGGGUCAAUAGCCACAUCCGAGACACCUCCGGUGGCCUGGAAGUGGCCUACACGCUCACUCGGGUGGAUUCCUGGGAGCCGUUUUACAUCGGCCCACGCAAUCUGCCCCUCUACGAUGAAAACUUCGAGCAGUACGGCUUCAAUCGCAUCAGCCAGGCCUGCGAGCUCCACGUGGCCGGGUACAAAUUCUGCGUGCUGAACUCGGCCUUCCUCGUCCGCCGCGGCUUCAAGAUCCCGGGCGAGUUCCGCGCCAGAAAGGAUGACGAGAACAAACACGAGAGGCUCCUGUCUCUUAGCUUUAAAGAAGCGCCGAAGACCAAAUAUCCAACUUCAAGACUUUAUGAUGUCGAUUCUGAUACCGAUCAUCGAUGA